AUGCGUCUUGAGUUUCCAGAAACGGAUCCUCUGCAUGGUGGACUUGAUCUAGCUCGUAAACGUCUUGAGCCCAUUAAAAAAGCAUUCCCUUCGAUUUCAUAUGCCGACUUGUAUGUCCGCUGCGGUGUCGUCCUCUUUUCAGAAAUGGGUGGACCAAAAGUUCCUUUUCGACCCGGAAGAGUAGACAUUGAUUUUAAUAAUUUGUUAAUUGUGGAACAGACAGAUCGUUUUCCGAUACCAGAUGAUUCGAUGGAAAAAAUGCAUGAAAAGUUUAGACGAAUGGGGUUUGGAAAAAAGGAAAUGGUAGCUUUGUUAGGUGCACACUGUUUAGGCAGAUGUUAUAAAGAUCGAAGUGAUUUUGAUGGACCUUGGGUUGAUCAUCCAACAAAGUUUACCAACGAAUUUUUUGAAGAAUUAAUUGAAAACGAAUGGAAAGCUUCGAUUGUACCAGAAACAGGCAAAGAGCAAUUUGAAGCAUAUCCCGAAGGCGAAAAACUGCUGAUGUUACCAACAGAUAUGUACCUUUUGAAAGAUCCUGAGACAAACGAAUUAGUAGAAAUAUAUGCAAAAGAUCAACAAAAAUCUUUUAAUGAUUUUGUAAAAGCGUUUGGGAGAUUAUUAGAAUUUGGGGCCAAAACAGUCUCCUACUUCUGGUUUGCCUAUACGAUGACCGGUUGUUUUUAG